AUUAUCAACAGAUAAAUAAUGCGGCUGAUUAGAAUUAUUUUAUGCUGCUGUUGCGUAUUUACUGGUCACUUUUCAAAUGGAAGCAGUAUUCGCAGUUCAGAAAUCAAAUCACAACUUAUCAAUCAUACGAUGGAAUUGAUUGAUAGAGGUUUUGCAAAUAAUUCUAACCCACUGAUAAUAUCUUCCGACUUAGUUGAUGAUCAAGUGGCAAGUAGGAGUAUUGAUAAUGGAAGUCCGCUGAUUGUCAUAAAUGGUGAUCAGAAAUGGAAGCAAAUCGGGGGAUAUCUUCCUAGCUAUCCUACCUACAUUCUCAGAUUUAAGUCUCCACAGAAACUGGUAUCACUCAUCAUUGGGUUCAUGGGCUCAACAAUUUGGAACAUAAAGUCGCCAAUUUUUAUUCUCGACAUUUCUGAAGGCCUGCAUGAUAGAAACGCUAAUUGGGUUCCUUCAUUUCUUGGAAGGCUCGAUAUUCUAAUAUCAUACUAUGUAUGUUAUGAUGACAAAAUAGAUUCAACCAUGGUCUACACUCUGAACCCUUACACGCAAUACGCUCUGUCACCUUGGAAUCAAGUUAAAUUUGCAAAUGCCAAUGGCAAUAGUACAACAAAAAUGACACUAUAUAGUCUACAGUAUCCGAAAGACUUGAAUAACAACUAUAAAAAUAUUUAUUUCGACGAAACUGAACAGUUAGAUGGUCAUGAAAUAAAAUUAAUGGUCUCCAUCAUUGACAAAAAUUUACCCGAACAGUACAACCAGAGACGUAUUGCUGAGUACAUAAAAAAUGUUGAAAAGUUAAAAGACACCGUAUUGUAUUCAUUACCAGAUUAUAUGAAAGUAACAGCGUCACUUAAAAUUCUCGAAACUGACUCCGAUUUCAGAACGUUAAAAUACGGUUUUGAUGAAAGACUUUUCAGUGGUCAGUACGAUGUGUCUAACUUCAUAAACCAAUUAGCUGAUUUUGUGACGCAGUAUCUUGAAGUUCACUUUUCAAUUUUAACCAAGAAAACAGAUUAUUUAACGGCACUUACCGAAGUCCACAUAAAUUAUCAGUUUAUCUUUAUUACACUCUUGGUGUUGUUCUUGAUUGCAGUAAUCAUAAUCAUGAACAAUAAAUUCAAUGUGAGCAGAGGAAUCAUGGACAUUGUGAGCAUGUCACUGAGCAUGGGGAUAAUGUCUCCAAUGGGUCGUUUCUCGAUGAAGAUCAUUUAUUUUUUCGGAUUUUUAUUCAUUUUUGUGGUGAUGCCCGAAUUCCAAGGACAAAUCUCGGCCAUUCUAUCUCAACCUGCAAGACGCAAUGUCGAAACCCUGAAGGACUUAUUUGACAAUAAAUACCACGUGUUUUAUGAUGCGUUUUUACAAAAUGACAUAUUUAAUGAACAAUUGUGGGUGACCGAAGAGGACCAGAAAUACUUGCAUUCAUCGGGUUUUCGUAGUCUGAACAAAUGUGCAGAAGAAGCCCAAAAAAAUUCGACCAUCGCUUGUAUUGACUUGACUUCAAACUUACUUCGCAAAGUUUUGUACCUUAAAAAUCUCUAUGUAUCAAAAGAAAUCACGUUCAAGAAAUAUUUUGUGUUUUGGACAAAGAAGAACUGGGCGCUGAAGGACAAAAUUGAUAAAGCCCGUUCGAUACCAGUGGAAACAGGAUUAAUUUACCAUUAUGAUGAAGAGAUAACGAAAAAUCGAUGGAAAAAGAUAGAAAAGAUGAAGAAAAUUAAAGAAGCUGAAAACUAUGAACGGAUCAACUUUGAUAACUUGGUGUUUUAUGUAAUUGUGUUUGCGGCUACUUUGCUGUGGAGCUUGGUCAUUUUUGGAAUUGAACUUACUGUCUACCACAUUCACUCUAAAUAUCAAAGACGGGAAAAGGAGCGACGACAGUUCAUUGAGAGAUUGAGAGCGCAACCACGGAUUAUUUUACCCUGGGUCGAAUAGUUCUGUCAAACACUCACGAGUGA